AACAUUUCCGAUCCAAUUUCAGCAAUUUGAAAUCAUGGAUCAAGAAAAUAAAUCAGGAGUGACUGAAUUUGUAUUGCACGGUCUUUCAGGUCCUCGAGAGCUACAACUUUUCUAUUUUGCAUUUUUUACACUUUUGUAUUUAUCCAUUGUGCUGGGGAACCUCCUCAUUGUGCUCACAGUCAUCUCUGAACCCGCCCUGCACACACCCAUGUACUUUCUACUCAGUAACCUCUCUUUCAUUGAUGUAUGUCUGUCUACCUUUGCCACCCCCAAGAUGAUUGUUGACUUCCUUGAGGAGCACAGGACCAUCUCUUUUGAGGGUUGCAUGGCCCAGAUAUUCUUCCUGCACGUCUUUGCUGGUGGUGAGAUGAUGCUCCUUGUGGCCAUGGCGUAUGAUAGAUAUGUAGCCAUAUGUCGCCCCCUGCAUUAUGUGACCAUCAUGAGUGAGCGCAGGUGCACCAGCCUCGUGGUGGGCUCCUGGCUCAUUGGGGUUCUGCACUCAGUAAGUCAGCUGGUCUUCACAGUAAACCUUCCAUUCUGUGGACCCAACCAAGUGGACAGUUUUUUCUGUGACUUGCCCCUGGUUAUCAAACUUGCCUGCACACACACCUUCACUCUUGAGGUCCUGAUGCUUUCAGACAGUGGUCUAAUGGCCAUGAGCUCCUUUGUGCUCUUGCUGAUCUCCUACACAGUCAUCCUGGUUACUGUGCAGCGGCGUUCCUCAGCGGGCAUGGCCAAGGCAAGGGCCACCCUGACUGCCCAUAUAACUGUGGUGACCCUCUUCUUCGGGCCCUGCAUUUUCAUUUAUGCCUGGCCUUUUAACAACCUCCCAGUGGACAAGGUCCUCUCAAUAUUUUACACUAUUUUUACCCCUCUUCUAAACCCCUUGAUCUACACCUUAAGAAAUAAGGAAGUAAUAUCAGCCAUGCAAAAACUAAGGCAUCGAGAGGUGAGUUCGUAA